AUUUUCUAGAGUUUUCUAGAUUGGUGUUGAACAAUUUGUAUAGUUAAUUUGUGAUUUGCUUGUAUUUUCUAGAAUGGUGUUUUAUAUAUGGAUAAUUUGUAUUGAGAGAUUGAUAUUUGACUUUAAUUUUGAUAGGAACUUGUCAUUGUAAAUUUUUUACGACAAAAACCCGUGGGUACCCAUGAACCCGCGGAUACCCAGCGGGUUGGGUUGGGUUUGAGUUUUUCAAACCCAGUGGGUUUUACCCCGGGUUUUUUUCACGGAUAAACCCACGGGUUUGGGUUUGGCAAAACCCGACCCAUUGCCAUCCCUAACGGAGAACAACCAAACCCUUGGGAACCUCAAGAACAAUCUCCUUUUCAAGAAGAAUUCCUCCACAACCGGAGGGGCCAUCUGAGUUGGAGUUAGCCAUGGCGGCCUUCACGGGCCAUUCUGCAGAGCCAUGCUACACUCCACUGGCAGAUCCGGACAAACAAUUGAGGCUUCUUGUGGAGCAUUUUGCUCGAGACACGGAGAGAUCAUGCUCCAAGAUGGAUCUUCAAAUCCAAGCCCUUAGCCCUUCUGAUCCCUCAUUUCUCCAUGAAAUGGAGGAGGCUGUUCAAUGCUCAGCAAAGCAAACAGAGUGGGUGGAGCAAGUUUGUCACAGUCUGCUCAAGAUCGCCUUUCUGCUUCCCUAGAAGAAGUGGAGGAGGAUGAAGAAGUCUACAAGAACAUUGUGGAGCAGACAGAAGUUGUCACAGAGAGCUCCCGUGAUGAUCAUGAUCAGGAAUAUCCUGUAGUAGCCGACCACACCUUUUCCCAUUCCUCAUCUAACUUUGAAGAGGCAGACAUGCGUGAGGAGAUGCAAGCUGAACUUAUUGAGAACCUUGCAUGGCGACUUGCUCUCCAAUCCAUUAUGGAAGAAGAAGAGAGGGAAAGGAUGAGGAAAUAAGUUAUGGAGGAUGAGGAAGAAAGCAAAGAAGAGGAAGUUCUUAAUCUUUUCCCAGGGGAGGAAUCAAAUUCUGAGGAAGAAGGAGGGGGGGGGGGGGGUUGAAGAAGCGACUGGUGUCCAGGCUGAGGAUGAAGUUGAGGUGGAAGAGGCUUGCACCGGCCAUGAGUUACAUGUGAUAUCUCCACCAAACUUCGAGUAGCUUCUUCGCAAGGACCCAUUUGCAGUGUCUCUUUGCCAGACCAAGACCACAUCAACAUCAAUCCCUUUUGGUGGAUGCGAUGGUAGUCAAUUGAGGAUAUCUUAUCUAGUUUGGGGCAAUGAGACAAGAGCAGACGCGAAGGAGAGGUCUCAAGAGUGGAGACUUCAUCUUCCUCAAGACCAUGAGCCAUCUUCAUCACUUAUCACAUCACCUGCUUGUGACUUUCGACUCCACGUCAUCGACGAGAACCUUAACUUCAAAGAGGUUUUGUGGUGGACCGAGACUUAAGAGCCACCGUCUGGCUCACGAUGGUAAAUAAGCGCUUGUGGGGAGGCAACCCCACCAAGGUUUGUUUUCCUUUCGUUUGCUUUCGGUUUGUCCACAUGGAACCCAGGUUCUUUCACCCAAUGUGUGUGUGUUUUGAUGACUCUAGCUCUAUGCCAGUUGGAAUGGUCCUUGUCAAGUCCCCUGCUCUUGACUGGUCCGCCCUCCAGUCACCUUUCCUGACCACUAUUUCACGGUAACAUCGCUCCCCUUCCCUCUGCUCCAUUGAGGGCAAUGUCGAGCAUAAGUGUGUGUGUGGGGGGGGGGGGUGCUUUGUAUUUAUUGGAACGUAUAUAUGUGUGCUUGGAGCCUAGUCCACUGUUCAAAUCUCGAUAUUUGAGGGCUCCAAGUACUGAUGUUUGGAUGAUCAUAUUGGCACAGUGGUUUAAUUGGUGAAUCGAAUGAUUGUUAGAGUUGACGCAUGACAACUGGAUUGCGACUAGGACAACCUAUAAUGAUGACUGAGACGGGCAAUAGAGUAGUGUAGGGGUUCCAUUUUUUUCAAUUGUUUGCUUACCAACUGUGACUUGGAUUGAUCACUUGUUCUUGACAGUCGUUUAUGCAUCUAGUUCAGGGAAUCAGAAUGAGAGAUAGAGCAUAUAGGUAGCCAUGUGAGAUUUGAGCCUGCUCAAUUCUUUUUUGUGUGAUAGAUCCCUCUUCCAUGAUGUGUAGCAUUCACGUUGUCAUUAGCUAAGAUGAUGGAGGCAUAGGAAUAGCCCACUCCCAAAUUGACUGUCCUGGUGUGUUAUACCCCCUAGUCAGCCCUUUUGAGCCGUGUAAUUUCCUUUCUUUCGGUCUACAAUGGAAAAUCACCCUUUUGCAUCUCUUAGAAGGUUCCACAGAGUGGUUUUUGCUUAUUCUCUGCUGUUUCUGCUAAAAAUAAUGUGAGGGUUGGAGGUAGUGCUUAAAAGUUGGGCAUGUGUUUGAAAAAUGUGCAGAGGUGUUGGUUCUCUCAAGAAAUGAAAAACAAGAAGAAAAAAAGAUGAAUGAAAGCAAAAGAGAGCCAAUACCAAAAAUUUGAAUCAUGCUUAUUAAUUAGUGUUUCUUAGCAGUCUGGCUUGGAAAUACUAACAUUAUUGUGACCUCCUUCGCUCUUGUGCUCUAAGGAAUUUGAGUAAUGCAGAAUAGCAGAAAGAAAGUAAGUGGUUUGAUUGGUUGUGAUUGUGUUGGGUUUGAAACAGUGGAACCUUGUGCUAUGAAUACUUCCACCACCUAAAAGGCUUUUUCCCCAUGUCCAAGACCCUAGCCAGUCACUUGAACCUGUGUCUAAGACCUCCGGAUUAGUUAGUGAUGACACCCAAUAUGUGAACUCUAACAUUUAGAGGCUGUCGUCAUGGUGAAGAGACGUUAGGGAAUGAGAGAAUAAGCAUGUGCAUUUUUC